AUGCCACCCACUUCAUCUUCCAAAGCUCGCGGAACCUCCAAAGGCCGUGGGAAGGGUCGCUAUAAGCCGACUACAAGUUCAACUCAGGCGACUCGAAAGCUGCGCAGUGUUAACGACGCACUAACAGCAUUGCCAACCAAGGUGAAGCUGCCAACGCGUCAGCAAUGGUUUCCAAAGUAUGAGAAGGAGCUCUGCGUUCGUCCGUUCAACUACGUGGAAGGCGACGUCGCCGAGGCGAUCUGCAAAUUCUGCGAGGUGUUCCGACGGGAAGAUCCGCCGGACGAGCAAGACGAUUCCGCGUUCGAUGCGUUGAUGAGGAACCCGAAAAAGAAGCGCAAGAAGAUGGCUAAAGCUAUGGUGUUCAAGACGUUUCGCCGCGACCAUAUCAUCCGACACAUGCAGCGCGAGCACUCGAAGAAGUGGUCUGCCUUCCUUGCUGUCACGGAGGACGAAGAGCGCGAAAGCUUUUUCCUGCCUACCCGGAUCGAGGACUUCCUCCCGAGACACCCUCAGAUUUCGUUUGUGGUUCUGAGCGGAAUUGCCAGCCUCAUCAAGCGUCUGUUCUGCAACCGAGGUGAUACGCCACACGGCUUGGUGACUGUGGACGACGAAAUCGGAGAGGUUGAAGUCUCCAACGACUUUAUGGAGACCGAGACGGAUGGAUACGUUCUAGUUAUCCGUGAUCGAGGCCAGUUUGAGACCAUUGUCAGCUGCAUCAACGCGGGAGUAAGCUUUCGUGCCAUUGCUGGUCUGUUUGCCACGUUCGGAACCGCGCUGUCCAACAUGAAGCCUGGAUUCCCCUGCAGACAAGUAGUAGGGCAAUCGGUUCGCCGUGUCGUUGCUCUCAACCUCUCUGCUAUCCGCUCACUGCUCAGCAAGACCUGGGGAUUUUCGCUGAUGGUUGAUGGCGUAACGCACCACAAAGAAGGAUACCUGGACGUGCGUGUGUCGUUUGGCCUCGUGGGUAAAAUUCACAACAUCCACCUCCUCGCCAUCCCCAUUGGCGAUAGCGCCCACACAGGCGAGAACUAUGCUGAGCUUGUCAUUAAUCUACUAGAGCACAUCGGUGAAACCAACCUGCUCCCUCAACUGAUCGGUGUCUCGACGGACGGAGCUGCGACGAUGCUAGGCCGCCACCAGGGAUUCUCGACGCGACUUCGUGCUGCUGCUGAAUGUGCGGUUCGGCCCAACCGGGACAGCGGGUGUCUCGCCUCUCGCCGAGACCUGCCAACCAAGAUCACUCCUCCGGAGAACCGCCGAGUCGCCGAGAGCAAAGGCUUCUCGACUCAGCAAUCAGUGCCCGGGACGUACGGGAACACUGGCUCGCAGCGGUGGCGAGACUUUCCUUCGCGCUUGGCGAGACUCGCGCCCAACCCGGGCCGACCUUAA